CUUCUCAUUUGAAAUUUAACGUUCGUAAGGCGCGAAUGUGUUUUUUCAAAAGAACAUCAAAAAGAAAAACAUAACAAAAUCGGGGAAAACGAACUUGUAACUGAAAUACAAAUUUGAAAAAAGUGCGCUCACUUUCGCUGGUGCAACCAAGAAAAUAAACGCUUAUAGAUCUUGGAAAGCAGAUCAGUAAGAACUUUUAAAGAAUUUUUUAUGUGAUGCAUACAUACAUAUGUAUAUUUUUAAGUGUUUAGUGUGUUAAAGCAAAUAUAAAGUAAAUUAAAUAAAUUUUUAUAAAAAUAAAUAAUUUAAAAAAAAAUUGCUAAAAAAAAAAAUAAUAAAAUUCUUGAACCAAAGCGGAAGUGUUACAAAUAAAAUAAAACAGGAAAUUUUUUAUUACAAAUACAUAAAUUUCCCCAAAAUAAUUGUGUAAUUACAAACACAAAAAAAAUAUUAAUAAACAACAAAGAAUUUUGAGAACAAAAGAAAUCCAUAACAACUUUAAACAUGACGCAGCAGCAACCGGCCUGGGGCUUAAGCCUCUCGAAAUAUUUUGUUAUACCUCAACGUGUGAUAUUGGCUAUAAUGGGUUUCUUGGCCAUUUUGAAUGCUUAUACAAUGCGUAUCAGUUUAUCGAUUGCCAUCACUGAAUUGGUAGUAAAGAAGAAUCACACUGAAGGUGGGGAUACUGCAGUUUGUCCCGCUGACAAUUUGGAUUCUGAGUCAUCGAGCGGCGGUACCUUUGAAUGGUCCGAAGAGUUACAGGGUUUAAUUUUGUCAUCCUUUUAUAUUGGUUACAUUGUUACCCACAUACCCGGCGGUUUAUUGGCCGAAAAAUUCGGUGGCAAAUGGACUUUGGGUUUAGGCAUCCUCUCCACUGCUUUCUUCACACUCAUCACCCCAGUUGCCAUUACUGAGGGAGGUUCCACCGCUUUGAUUAUUGUUCGUAUCUUGAUGGGUUUGGGCGAAGGUACCACAUUCCCGGCCUUAAGUGUUUUACUUUCACAAUGGGUUCCCAUUAAGGAACGUGGCAAAUUGGGCGCUCUUGUAUUAGGUGGUGGUCAAGUCGGUACUAUUUUGGGCAAUUCGUUAUCAGGUGUUUUACUCGAUGCUUAUGAUUGGCCCGUGGUAUUCUAUCUUUUCGGUGGCUUGGGUGUUGUUUGGUUUAUCUUUUUCUGCUUCCUGUGCUUUAGUGAUCCCGCUUCUCAUCCCUACAUCAAGCCCAGUGAACGUGAAUAUUUGGAACGUGAAAUGGGUUCGAUUGUACGCAAUGAGAAUUUACCACCCACACCUUGGAAAGCCAUUUUAACUAGCAUGCCUAUGAUUGCUUUAGUUUGUGCUCAAAUUGGUCACGAUUGGGGCUUCUAUAUUAUGGUCACAGAUUUACCCAAAUACAUGUCCGAUGUCAUGCAGUUCUCUAUUAAGGCCAAUGGUUUGUACUCCUCAUUGCCCUAUGUCAUGAUGUGGAUAUUUUCGAUUUCUUCUGGUUUCGUUGGUGAUUGGUUGAUGACUAGAGGCAUUUUGAAUAUUACCAAUACACGUAAAUUAAUGACAGGAAUUGCUGCCUUUGGUCCCGCUAUUUUCAUGGUAGCCGCUUCUUAUGCUGGUUGUGAUCGUGUUGCCGUUGUUGUGUUGUUUACUAUUUGCAUGGGUCUGAUGGGUGCUUUCUACGCUGGCAUGAAAUUAAGUCCUCUUGAUAUGAGUCCCAAUUAUGCUGGUACCUUGAUGGCCAUUACAAAUGGUAUUGGUGCCAUAACAGGAGUAAUUACUCCAUAUUUAGUGGGUGUAAUGACACCGAAUGCCACUUUAUUGGAAUGGCGUUUGGUAUUCUGGGUGGCCUUUGCCGUCCUUGUUGUUACUGCCAUUAUCUACAGCAUAUGGGCUUCUGGUGAGGUUCAACCCUACAAUGAUCCCCAACCCAAGCAUAAGGACUUUGAAGCCGAAGAACGUGCCGAAAAACAAAGAAAAGAGAAAAUCUAAGACUGUGUUACAGUAGGCUGCAAACAUUUAGUUAAAAGUUAAGUUUUCUUUUUUGUUAGAAAAAAACACUAAACUUUACGAUUUUUGUAAAUAUCAGGAAAAAAAUAGUAAGAAUGAACAACUCUAUUACAUAUUUUAAAAACGGUACCAAAUUUGUAUUUAAGCGAACGAGACAAAAAAUUACAGCAAAAAUUUAAUUUAACAGUAUUUAUUUUUCCUUGUAAUUCUGAUAUCGUUAUAAUGAAAAUUGCAACUAAAACUUUAAAGUUACUUAUGGACUCUAAUAAUAAGUAAAACAAAAGUGCCUUUAAGAAAAUACGAAAUUUUGUAUGUAAUUUUUUUAGAAAUUUUGUCUAAAUAGUAUUUAAAUGUAUUAAUUAAUUCAUAAGAUUAGUUAUAAGAAUAUUAGAGUAAUAAUAUUGAAACUCAUUGCAAAAAAUGGGUAAAAAACAACAUCAAAACAUCUGGUUUGAAUGAUUAAAAUAAUGACAAUGAACCCAAUUCCGCAAAAACUUCCACAAUUUACAUUUUUAAAUAUAUGUAUCUUAAAUAUAUUUAAACCUACAUACAUAUGUUUAACAAUUUAUUAAAAACGCUAUCCAUCAAUGCAGCGGAAACGUUUAAACUCGUAUUUACACAGAUCGAAUUCAGAACUAAUGUUCAAACCAGUUGUAUUGAAUUUUAAAAAUAAUGCUGAUUUAAAUACAGUAAAUGUAUGUGAUAUUCUUUUUUAGCAUAAUUUACUAAAAAAAAUAUUUUGAAUUACUAAAUAUUAUAUAUGUAUGUAUAUAAAACAAUUUAUUUUUAAAUUGUUCUAAAUGCAAUUAACAUAUCAAUAAUGUAUUUGCAGCAUUUAAUAAUUAAAAAAACACUGUUCUAAAUCAUUUACACACUCUAUUGUUAAAAACUCUUUGCCUUUCCAUAUCACUUUUUCAAAUGCGAAUUUAUUGUUAUAAUUAAUUAAUUUAAUAGUCAUACCUAAUAACUAAGAGCAGGGUUUUUAUAACUGUAUAAUUCAAUUUAGAAUAAAAAUUUAGGUUCCUCCCUUUUGUUAAAUAAAUAAAUGUUGUUAAAUAUAUUUAAA